CUUUUCUUCUCUCUUCUUUCUGGGUUCAUUAAAUUACAAUUCUUUUAUAUUGGAUGAGCUGAUGAUGACUCUGCAAGAUAAGAGUGCUGAUUCAGCUGGCCACUUUAUUUCUGUUGAAUACAUUCACCACUUCCUAGAUUUCUCCACCUUAUAAAAAGGACUCUUUGCUGGGCGUUUGGAGCAGGGAACAGCUCGCAGAGAAACAACCUCAAGAGCGGCUGGAGCUAAGAAAGCUAAAGGAGCUUCAUCCCAAAAUGAAGAACCCAAGCCAUGACCAUGUCAUUGGAAUUCCUGUCACUUCGGUCACAUAUGCAGCAGAGGAAUUACCAAGUGAGUCUGCUUCUGUUGCCGAGCCUGCUAGCCCAUACCUUCAAUCUGAUUCAUAUGGGUCCAUCUACUGCAAACAAAGUAAAAAGGAUUCAGUUGCUGAUUUGAUGAGCAAGUUCAGCAAAAAAGCGGACAGCUACGUGCAAGGAAUCCGAGAACAUGUGACCUUGGGGCCUAAAAUCUCUGAAACUAUGAAGGGGAAGUUGAGCUUGGGGGCAAGGAUUCUUCAAGCAGGAGGUGUUGAGAGAGUUUUCAGGCAAGCUUUCUCUGUUGAGAAAGGAGAGAAAUUGCUGAAGACCUUCCAGUGUUAUCUGUCAACCACAGCCGGCCCUAUCGCAGGGAUGCUCUUUAUCUCAACCGAGAAAAUUGCAUUUCACAGUGACAAGUCCCUUACAUUAACUUCUUCUAAAGUAGAGCUGGCCAGAGUGCCUUACAAGGUUUUGAUUCCGUUGAGAAUGAUUAAGAAAGCCACGUCGAGUGAGAAUCUGGACAAGCCGAACCAGAAAUACAUCCAGGUGGUUACCAUGGAUAACUUUGAGUUUUGGUUUAUGGGAUUUAUCAGGUAUCAAAGAUCUUUCAAAUACCUACAACGGGCAAUCUCAGAAUUACAAUGACCUUUCUGCGGAAUGCAAGCAUCAUAUGAUAUGUACAAGAAAUGGAAAGAAGUCUCAGUUUACAAUGUCUUGUUGUAAAUUUGUUGUAAUUAUCAGGAAAACUGCUCCAUAUUUUCCAUCGGAGCAUGUUAUUCAGACUUAAUGGAAAAAGGGUGCCGAUUUUGUUUCUUCA